AAAAAUCAGAGCCAGGAUCCCGUUUCAUCUUUAGCGGUGCGGGAUCGCUUUGGGUGUGUUUUUAUCGGCGGUACAUCGAUGCGGCGGCGGUCCGCAUGGCUCCAGUGUUACCCGCGUUCCUCCUGAGCCCGGCCCGGUUCGGCUGGACCCGGGUUCGACCCCAGUUUGCAAACGAGGGCAGCUGCACUGUACAGUGAGAUCCAUUUCGGGGCCGCUCCUGUACGCGACGCCAUUUUGUCGCUUUUCUUCAAGGGAUAUAUUUUUUUUUAAUCGCAAUAUAUAUAUAUAUAGAUCUAUACCUCUAUAUAUAUAGCGAUCGAUAAUUAUUAUUACAGAAGAGACGCGCCACGCUGGGCGGCGAGGAAGCUUUGAUUGGGUGAUUGAUGCACAAAACAAAACAAAAAAAUCAAACGGAACCCACAGCGGGUUUGGAUAUUUAUAAAAUAUAAAUAACCCUUUUAAUCAAGGAAGAAAUCGCCGCAGCAUUUUGACAGCUUCCUGUCUGUGCGUGUGUGCGUUUCAUCUCGGGGUGUCGCAACGCAUUCUUUGAAUUGUUAUAUAUAUCUAUUUGUUAAUAGUAUCGUUGUUGUUGUUAUUAUUGUAUCAUUAGGAUUGUGUCGGACCCGGGCUCGCUGUGCGUGUGCGUGUGCGUGUGCGUGUGCGCGUCUCUUAAGACGCGUGUGCGUUUCUGGGAUAUUAUCUCUCUGCUCGGAUUUGAGGCAUUGAAGUGAAAUUCUUCGCAACAUUUGGAAUCCCUUUUUCGUUUUGUAUUUUGUAUUUUUUGGGUUUUUUUUUUUUUUGUGUGUGUGCGCGUUCCUUCGGCUUGCUGCGUUCCCACACAAACCGAAGAGGAUUUAUAAAUAACUGCGAAGAUCAUCGAUUAGGAUUACAAUAAAUAAAUACAGAACUACUUAAAUACCGUAAAUAGCGGAGGACAAUGAUGUCAACAGAACCGGGCCUACCCCAGAACUGAAGAAACGGACCUACAGAACUCUGCAGAACCACCCCAAACAAAAACCCCACACGCCCCCUCCCCCCACCCCAUUCUACCCCUUUCCCCUCCCCUAUCCCCCCACCCCACCCCCCCUUCUUACCCUCCUGGACUCCAGAACCAAACCACAGACAAAACAAACCGACUCUUACAAAGUUUCUGGUCGGGUCUGCAAGCGAGGCUGAGCAGGGGCAUGGAGCAGAAGAGAAGCCCGCUGAGAGGCAGCCCUGACCCAGACGGGAUCUCGGACAGACCCCCGGGCAGCCGAGAGGGGGACGGAGGGCAGGAGGGAGGAGGAGGAGGAGGAGGAGGAGGGGGGGGGAAGCCGACAGAGGAGGAAGACAGCAGCACUCCCGCGGGCGGCAGCAGUGAUGACCAGAGCAGGGGUGUGUCCGCCUGCGGGACCCCGGCCUCAGCCCCCGCCCCGCCUCCCCCCCAGGAGGGAGGGCAGCCCCAGCAGUUCUCCAUCAAGGAGUCCAGCUUCUCCGAGGGCAACGUCAAGCUGAAGAUCGGACUCCACGCCAAGAGGACCAAAAAGCCGCCCAAAAUCCUGGAGAAUUACGUCUGCCGUCCCGCCUUCAAGGCCUCCGCCCCGGCCAGGCACCCCCGGGGAGGCAAGGGGGCCAGGGGGGGCCCCGCCAGACCGCCCGGGGAGGACGGGGGCAAGCCGCCCUCGAACCAGAGUCUGUCUCCUGCUCCGCCGGAGACACUGUCUCCCUGCCACACGGCCAGACGGGGACCCCCGAAACUCGCCAGGAAAGCCGAGACCAAGACGGACACCCCCUCUUCGGGGGACCCUGCAAACCAUCUCCCAUCAGAAGGGGAGGGCAAGGGGGUGGCAUCGAAAUGCCCUCCAGCUACCCCUCUCCCCUCGGAGCCCCGCGACUGCACCCCCAAACCAGCCUGCCCGCACCCGGGGCGACCCUUACAGGAGGGUCCCAAGGACCGGGCUCCACUCCUGAACGGGGCCCCCACCGUCACUGAGAAGCUGGCCCAGCUGAUUGCCACCUGCCCCCCCUCCAAGUCUUCCAAAGGAAAACCACGCAAACCAGGAGCCCAGCCCUUAAAUACAGGGGGAGCCGCAGUCCCAGCCGCGGCCACAGGGGGCGCCAGAGAGGCCAGCCUGCCCAGGACUGAGCUCUCCAACCCAGCCAGGGAAGGGAGGGGGGAGGCCAUCUCCCCGAGAGCGGUGCCGGGGAGACCCGGGUUCAAGCCCAGCGUGCUGGAGAAGUUCUCUCCCUCCCCCUGCUCUCCCACCUCCUCUCCCUCCAUCUCCUCUUCCUCGAGGAAGGACCCGGCCGCGUGCGACUCCCAAUCGGCUCCCCCGGGAAACAAGAAAGGAAACCCGGGGGGGCAAAGCAAGCGGCCGGACCUCUCGGGAAGGGAGAGCGGGCCGGACUGUCGGAUCGGCGCAGGCAGCAAACAGAACCCGGUUUCGAAUUUCACUCCGGGUUCGAACUCAAACCCAAACUCUAAAUCUUCAUCUUCUCGUUCUGAGCAGCGGGUGUCAGUCCCGGACGAGGGUUCGACGAGGAGGCCCCCUAGUGGAAGGGACAGGCCAGCCUCGCCCCCAGCCUCCGUGACCCCUGCCUCUGUCAGGGCAUCUGCCCCCAUCCCCCCUUCGCUGGCCCUCGAUGCCCCCCCAGACAGGGAACAGAGGGGCAGGCUUCUCCCCUGCAGAGGCAGCGCCCCCCCCUUUGGCUUCUCCCUGACUGGAGCAGCUCUGGAGAAAGAUGCCAGCUGCCUCAGAGCGCCCCCUGUGGACUCUAUCAGGCACGGUGGUGGGGCGGCUAAUAAAAACAGGAGCCCCAACCGCUGUGUCUCCUCGGGAAAGGGGUCUUUGGAAACCGCAGCACCUUGGAGGAUCUUACAACAAGCCCCCCCCCAGCCCCCCAGAACAGGGACCCCCCCCGUGAAACCAGCUUCACAAACCGCGUGCGCCGCGCCGGAGACAGACAGCUACGCGCCGCGGCCUUCUCCCGCCAGCCCGGGCCAGGAAAGCAGGCCACUGAAAAAGAGAAAAGGACGGCGCCCCCGCUGGACCAAGGCGGUAGCGCGGGCCGGGCUGCACCACCAGGAAACGGAAGCGGGUCCGAGACCGGAUCAGGAAAGGACUCCGACGGGAUCCGACCAACCGCGGCCAACCAAACCUGACAAGAAGCUGCCGUACCCCCUCCCUCCCCCUGCUCCCCCCCCAGCCAAACCCCCCAAACCAGCGGGCCGCCCCCCGGGCCCCGCAGCCGCUGCCCCAGUGACGCCACCCCCCGUUUACAAGCCGAGGAGGGGUCGCCCCAAGUCCAAGAUGCCCCGUCUGGAGGGCCCCUCGAGAGGGCCUCUCAAGAUCCCGUCCUCCAAACUGUUCUCCUUAAAAUCCUCCAGCGAGGUGCAUAGGGACCCCCCCGUUCUGCAGCCAGAGGUCGACUUGCACCCCGCGAUCCACAGGCACAGCAAUACCGCUCACAGCCUCUAUCGCAAUAAUAAUAAUAGUAAUAAUAAUAAUAACAAUAAUAACAAUAACAUCCCUCCUCAAAUCCUCGUCCCGCUCCCCAGAAAAAGAGGGCGCCCCAAAAGGCAGCAGGGUCCCCCAACUCUUCCGGAAGAAAGCCAGCCCCCGACUCUCGCCCCUGCCCUGGAAGGUCCGGGGAGGGUAGGGGGAGGGGUAGAAGACGGACCCCCCUUCCGCCAGAAAGGGACCGGGCAGCUCCUGAUGAGAUCCAUCAUCUGCAAAAUCAACAGGAUGAAGACGCUGAAGAGAAAGAGGCUUCUGAGCCAGAUACUGUACCCUGCCCCGACCCCUGCCCCAGCCCAGGAGGGAGGGGCAGUGAGAGGGAGGGGCAGGGAUAGAGGCCGAGGGAGAGGGAGGGGUAGAGGGAGAGGGAGGGGGGGCUGCGGAGUAGGGAGACCUCAAUUCCAGGCUCCCCAAUCCAGACUCAGCUCUGCGGUCUCCUCCCUGGCUGCGACUUUCGGGGCCCGACUGGGCCAGCAGAUCAACGUCAGCAAGAGAGGGACCAUCUACAUGGGCAAGCGUCGCGGGCGCAAGCCCAGGGCACAGGUCCCGGAGGGGCAGAAACCUGCGUCCCUAUCCCAGCCCCAAUUCCAGCCUCCCUCGUCCACCCCCUCGGAAGCGCUGCAGUCCUCGGCUUGCUCCCAAUCCUCCUCCUCCUCCUCCUCCUCCUCUUCCUCCUCCUUCUCUGGAACCAGCGGAGGCCAGAGCCCGGUCAGCAGCGAUACCGGUUUCGUCGAACCCGGUCCGGCUCCCCUCCUGAUGCAUCACCAUCAAACCAGCCAGCAGCACCGCCAGCAGCAGCAGCCACCGCUGGGGGCCACAGCAGCUGCCCAGAUGCUGGCCUUAAAGAAGUCUUGCAGCAAAGGCCACCACCAUUUCUGCCAUGACGGCCACCGGUACUUCCACGCCGCACCCCGCGGGCCGCCCCGCAAGCAGCCCAGCUCCCCGCCCCACCACCCUGCCGAGCUGAAAGAGGCGACGGCUUCCCCUGUGAGCGAGUCCCAUUCCGAGGAGACGGCGCCCAGCGACAGCGGCAUCGGCACGGAUAACAACAGCACCUCGGACCGGGGGGAGAAAGGGGCAGGUGGGGCGGGGGGAGGAGGGGGGCUGACUGCGGGGCUGGGACUCGGUUUGGGAGGAGUGGGGGGAGGGAUAGGGUUGAAUUCGGACCCCAGAAGGAGACGGCAUUCCCUGCUCCUGACCGACCGUCCUUCCCCGACCCCUUCCCCGAGGAUCGCUGCUGCUCCUCCCCCCCCCCAGACGGGUCCCCCCCCCUCCGCCGCCGCCGCCGCCCCCCCUGUGGGUCACAAAGAGAAGCACAAGCACAAGUGCAGGAGGCGUGGCCACGACCGCGGGACCUACGACAAGCUGAAGAGACAGAAGAGGAAACGCAAGAAGAAAUACCUGCAGCUGCGGUCCCAGCAGGACCCGGACUUCCUCGCCGAGCUGGAGCUGAUUAUAUCCCGGCUGGCCGAGGUCAGGAUCGCUCACCGGGCGGGGGGGUUAGGGAGCGGAGGGGGGGGAGGAGCAGGAGGAGGAGGAGGAGGAGGGGGGGGUUUGUCAGCCGCGUCCGCAGCCCCAGCAGCUCCAGCCCACCCCCACCCUCCCCACUACCUCCACAGAGAUUUGCUCCCCACCAUUUUCCGAAUCAACUUCAGCGGGUUCUACUCCCCGCACCCCGCGUACCCCUGCGACUCCCUCCACUACGUCCGCAAGCCGGACCUCAAAAAAAAACGGGGGCGCCCCCCCAAGAUGCGGGAGGCCAUGGCUGAGGUGCCCUUCGUUCACGGGCUGGGGUUCCCUCUCUCCGGAGGCGGCUUCUACCACCCCUCGUACGGAGUGCCUUACUCCCCAGCCCCGCUGACCGCCGGACCCCUGGGGCUGGGCUACUACAGGGGGUACCCCCCGCCGACCGCCCUGUACCCCCACACCCCCCCUCCCCCCCAGCACUCCCCCUCCUUCCCCUCCCCUCUCCCGCCUCCCCCUUCCUACAUGCACCACCUGCUGCUCAACCCCGCCAAGUAUCACAAGAAGAAGCACAAGCAGCUGCGGCAGGACGCCUAUCUGGGGCGCUCCCCUCUGCUCUCCGUGUCCGCGUACCCCGGCCUGGCCCCCGAGCCCUCUUACUGCUGGCUUCACGAGCACCGGCACAAGCACCGGCACAAGCACCGCGAGCACCGGGCCGGCGGCUGCGUCGACCCGGGACAGGACUGCGCCAGCGCGGGCAGGACGGCCGCCAUGCUGGAGUCUCUGCGCCGCUACCGCUACGGGAAGGAGCCCCCUCCCGCCCCUCCCCCUGCUCCUCCUCCUCCUCCUCCUCACCACCCUCCCUCCUCCUCCUCCACCUGCCCCUCCCCUUCCUCCCCCUCCUCCUCCCCUCCGUCCGCGGGGGCCGGCGAGCACUACAGACGCAAAGACCAGGCGACCCACCGCUGCCACCCCUCCUCCUCCGGGACCUUCCCCAGCCCCCACCCCCCCCACUCUAACGCUUGGUCUCGGAGGACGCCCUGCGACAGCAGCCCGCCCCCCCCCACGCUGGGUCUGGGACUCGACUACGCCCCCCUUUCCUCGGACGGAGGGAGUCUCUGUUUCGCCCGCGACGGCUCGGGGGGUGAAGAGGAGGGCGGCGGCCAGCAGAGGGCGCCGGGCUCCUCCCUGAUGCUGCUGCAUCACCACCCCCUGCCCCCCCUCCACACGAACCUCUUCGCCAGCGCCCUGGGGAGGUGUAAACAGGGUGUAAACACGCCCCCGGCCCCGCCCAGGAGGCGCGGCCCGCCAAGCUCCUCCCCCUCUUCAGAGAGCCGCUACGCCGGAUUGGACAGGCCGCUGAGGAAGGACCGUCCAUCGUCCGCGGAGAGGCGGGAACUCGCAGGUGGCGGUGUGGCGACUCGCGUCUCCCGCUGUGGCUCUGGCGCCCCCGAGUGUCCGGAGGUGGUACUGCAGCAUCACUCCGGCGCCUCCUCUGCCAUCGACAGAACCAUCGAGCAGGUUGUCACCGGCACCCACAGCCCCUGCCGGCCCCCCAGGCAGGGGAGCCCCCCCCGACCGGGACCCGGGUUCAGCAGCCAGGUCCUGACCACCAAGCGCAGCCUGGAUCACGUCAACAAGAUCCUGAAAGCGAAAAAACUGCAGAGGCAAGCCAGGACUGGAGGCAACACUAUUGCAGUGAAGAGAAGACCGGGACGCCCCCGAAAGCACCCCCUCGCGCCCCCUCCGGAGCCCCCGGCCCCCUCCCCCAGGCAGCACCUGCACAGGGGGGCCGCUGCGGGCCUCCCCCACCCCCCCGCGCCGCCCUCCUCCCUCCACAGGGGGGCGGUGCAGAGCGAGGACACCGUCUCCGAUGUGAUAGAGGCCGUGGUUCAGGGUCAGCAUAGGAAAGGGGUGAAGAGGAAACAGGAGGAGGAGGAGGAGGGGGAGGAGGGGGGGAGGAAGAGGCAGGGCGGCCCGAGCGAGGAGCCGGGCUUCAGCAGCUGCCUUGAAACCAGGUCCGAGCGGCCCCUGCCCCUGGAGGAUUGUGGGAAGCCGCCGCAGGCUCAGGCCACGCCCCUCACGCACUCGGCCAGCCAACGGGAGAAGAGAGCCGCCCGACCACCCAAGAAAAAGUACCAGAAAGCGGGUCUGUACUCAGACGUGUUUAAGACUGCAGACCCCAAGAGUCGCCUGAUCCAGUUGAAGAAGGACAAGCUGGAGUACACCCCCGGCGAGCACGAAUAUGGACUGUUCCCAGCUCCCAUCCACGUGGGGAAGUACCUGAGACAGAAGAGGAUCGACUUCCAGCUUCCCUACGACAUCCUGUGGCAAUGGAAACACAACCAGCUUUACAAGAAGCCAGACGUUCCCCUCUACAAGAAGAUCCGCUCCAAUGUCUAUGUGGAUGUGAAGCCCCUCUCUGGGUACGAAGCCACGACCUGCAAUUGCAAACUACCAGAUGACCUGCGAGACACGGGCUGCAUUGACGACUGCCUGAACCGGAUGAUUUUUGCAGAGUGCUCUCCGAACACGUGCCCCUGCAGGGAGCGCUGCCACAACCAGCGCAUCCAGAGGCACGAGUGGGUGCAGUGCCUGGAGCGCUUCAGAGCCGAGGGCAAGGGCUGGGGCAUCCGCACCAAGGAGCCCCUGAGAGCGGGGCAGUUCAUCAUCGAGUACCUGGGGGAGGUGGUGAGCGAGCAGGAGUUCAGGAGUCGUAUGAUUGAGCAGUAUCACACUCACAACGAUCACUACUGCCUCAACCUGCACAGCGGGAUGGUCAUCGACAGCUACCGCAUGGGCAACGAGGCGCGCUUUAUCAAUCACAGCUGCAGCCCCAACUGCGAGAUGCAGAAAUGGUCUGUGAACGGUGUGUAUCGGAUCGGUCUGUUUGCUCUCAAGGACAUGGACAGCGGCACUGAGCUCAGCUAUGAUUACAACUUCCACUCCUUCAACAUGGAGAAGCAGCAGCUCUGUCAGUGCGGGGCGGAGCAGUGUCCGGGGGAUCAUCGGGGGGAAAAGCCAGCGAGGUCAACGGGCUGCCCGGCAAGACACCCCUAAACGGGGGCGCCCAUCGCAAACCGGGACGAUUGAAAGAGAAACGCAAGAAUAAACACAGACUCAAGAAACGGGUAAGAAA